GCUGCAAUUGUCUGCUCCUGCUACCGCCGCUGCAGCAUAACGGUGUUGUAUCAGCUGUUGGGAGCGGUCAGGGCGAGGGCCCGUAGGCGGCGGGAGGGGACCCAAUUGCGUUCGAUUGUUCUUCUGUUGACAGCUGCUUUUGCUUGCCCACUGCCUGCUUGCAUCGGCCAUCGCCACUGGCAUAGAGUGGUGUGGCAAAACUACCCCCUGCUACUACAUGCUACUAGGUGUAAUAGUGGUUGUUAUAGUGUGUCGCUGCUGCUGCUGCUGCUGCUGCUGCCACUGCCGCAGUCGAUAGUCUAUAGUAUAUAGAGGGGCGCGCCUCGGCGAGUCAGCUGUUUAGCGAUCCGCGCGCGCGUCGAUAGGGACUCCAUCGACUCAUACAACGGUCGCUGAACCAGAUAGACAGAAGCCCUUCUACCGUGCGACUCCACCCGAUCUACGCGAGCUACUAUCUCUCUGCAGUGUUUACUGUCCACACAUCGAUUCUUGUCUAUGUGUGACUGUUCCCACUGUGCCCUCUACGUACAGCACAAACGAAACAAUAGAUUUUUUGUUUGUUGCCCUCGAGAACCUUAUACGCCUACAGAUGCUUGACAGCUGCGUUUUCCUCCCGGGAAAAACUAUGGUGACUGGCCUUUCCUCUGUGAGGACUAUUUUCCUUGUCAGCUCUACGCGGGAAGGUUUCUGUUAGGAAAAAGUGCCUUGUUCGGUGCGCGUCUCCAUAGGGUAAAGGUUAAAAGGUGAAGCCAUUGGAGCUACUGCUACCUGUCGCCGGCUGGGUCUGCAAAUCAUGUGAGCCGUUAAGAUCCCGCUACCCUAGUCGAACAUGUUUAUACUCGUAUCGUGCCCACGGUUUUUGCAACAACUUACCAUAAUAGAUUUUAAAGAUAGUAGUUAUGCCUUGUCGGGGCUGUCGGUCUGAUGUAGACCUAGCGUGAAAAACGAGCACCAACCAGGCAAACGAGGAAAACAAGCAUCAGAAGGAGCUUACACACAUGCGACAGGAAGUUCUGACGAAUCAAUUUACUUACUGACCAACUGUUGUUGUGAUCCCAGUCAUACACCGGGAUAUUUAGAUCAACAACUUUGUGCGAGCGAUUGAAAAACGUUAAAAGUGAAUCCAACUGGCCCGUGCUUCAAGGGGAAACUACGUCAAUCUCGUCGACUCAAGCGAAAUCGCUGGCUGUCUACUGCUUUUGGAUUUCUUAAGGUGUUGGCUUUUUGGUGUAUUGGUGUUUUUGUAAAAAUCGUUACUUGUACAUCCGUAAUUGUGUAUCAGUGUAUGUGUGUGUGUGUGUGUGUGUGUGUGUGUGUAUGUGCACGAGAGUCCUGUGUUUUCGUUUUGUCGUCAGCGUGUUCACUGUCGUCGUCGUCGUCGUCGUCGUGGUGAAGUAACUUUGGUGUUGGAAAACACGGACACGAUUCACGACGCGCCAAUCAGCAACCUUACAUAUCGGUCAGAUAAACACGUAUAAGGCUAAUAUGGAAUUAUUAAGCGAAGUAACUGUCUUACUUGUUGUGAUCGUAGUGGCUCGAGUGCAGGGAGAUCGUCUAGGGAGUACCAGCGUCCAACAUCGAUCUCAAGAUGACCAUGGAAACUAUGUGUUCAGUUACAACAUCGCUGACCCGUGGGGUUCAUCAAAUGGCCGCUGGGAGAUUGGAGAUGCUUUUGGCAAUAAACGAGGGGGUUAUACGAUUACUGAGGCGGAUGGACGUAAAAGAUACGUGGAAUAUAUUGCGGACAAACACGGUUUCCGCGUCGUUGUGCGGACCAACGAGCCAGGAACGGCCGGUUCCGCCACGGGGACAGCGGUAAUCGCCUCGCCAUACUCGGACGAAGGCUCCGCUCAUUCGCAUAGAUUUGCCCCUGCUUCGCUGACCGCUAGCAGUCGCCGAAGACGACCACUAACCCAACAUGAAAUUGACUAUGCUCCGCUGAUCGCGACGGAAAGUGCCGCUCCUGUUCUCGCGGCAUAUGAACCACUUCACAUACAGUCGGCCGUGGUAAAGACACCCAUCGAACUUCCAAAGGUCGCAGGGGCGCCGCGUGUCGCCGCCCCUCCACCGAUCGUUACGACUCACCCAGCGAUUGAAGCGGUCCAUCAUCCGCCCAUCGUAACGUCCUCCAGAGGAUAUGGAGUUCUUCACGCGGCAGCUUCUAAGAGAACUUCUUGCUCACACGUUGUUGCUCCUCUGUUGUCGCGAGAUUACGGCCUUCGACGUCGGCGAUACAGGAAGGCUCAAGGCUCGGCCAUCCUUGAACGGAAUAUACAUAACUAUUAUUGAACGGAAGCCUCCUUUCAUAUGUCACUGUACUACAAGCAUAAUUAAUGCAUCCCGAUGUCUAGUUGUUCACCAUCGUUGCAUAAGGUCAAAUACUCUCGAGUUGCUCUAUAUAAAUGUAGCGAUAAAAAGGAUUAACGUACAAACAAAUGGUCAGCUAUUAGCUAAGGAGAUAUCACGGCUUUUGUUUCUAUGGUACCUAAUGGAAACUACUGAUAAUGCCGGGAAAAAGUACCGACUCACAAGUUUCCUGCACUGAUCACGGUACCUACGAAGAAAAUUAACUAGCAGUAUCUAAUUUUUUGUUGUUAUUAAUUAAACAGUUUCGUUUAAUUACUAUAAAAGGCACCACUCCCAUACACUACAUAAGAUAAUAACUAACCAAUGAAUUAUUUUCAUCAGUCACAAAACGUGUUUCAUUCAAUUAUAAAAAAAUCUUGAUCACAGCUGUACCGUCUAGCUAAGCUAACCAUUUAAGUUACGUCCUAGUAGCCACCGAACAUAUAGUUUAGAUGCCGCCAUCUGCCAUUGAAGUAAACCAGAAGCCUACAAAAAUGCAUGGUAUCUUCGAUAUUUCCGCUUGAACAUUGUCCACAGGAAGUUUUUGUGCACCUGAUGAACUUGUUUUCAGUCAAUAUAAUUUAAGCUUUAAGUUACACUUUGGCAUAGUUUUAUAAGGCCGCUUGACUCUCAAGGGAGACAAUGUAAGCUUUCUCUGACGGUUGCAUGCGAAUAAAAGUAGACUUAAAUUUCAGGAACUUCUACUAGUUUGUUAUAGUAAAAGGUUCAUCCAAUUUUCCAGUAACUAUUUUUUCGCGCAUGAUCUGUUUUUGUGAACUUACAUUCACCACUUGAUACCAUUUGAUAUUACGUUUAUUAUCAUAAGAAUCAAAUUGUUCAUUUUUACACGACAUGAACCAAUUAGUAUUCUAUAGUCGUAUCUGCAAAGAAAACUUGACACACUAAAAAUACUCAGUACAACUUCACAAACCGCUAGUUAUUAACUUGGCUUAUUGUUAUCUGUCCUAGAUAUUUUCAAACAGAUCAUAUUGAUCCGUUAUGGGUGAAUCAUAUGAAGUUAUAUAAUCCUAAGAUGGUAUAAAACAACAAAAAAAUUUCGCGCCAUACUUAUCAGGUACAUUUGAUAAAUGUUAAAGAUUAAGAUAAUUCUGCAAUAUAAUUAAUAGACCCGUACUUGUAGAAACACGUAUAACCCAUAUAACUAUGAAAGUACCAAAUCAGCUCUCAUAAGAUACAUUUUCGUCUCAAGGUAAACGACAACGGCAGAUAGAAAUUCAUGAUCAUUCGGUUAGCGAAUCGCGUUAGUUACGCUACCCUGUUCCGUUUUCAUAAAAGCAUAUUAUAAGUGGGGGGCGAAAUUACCGGUAUCAUCUAUAUUAUAAACGUGCGUGAACACAUUUAAGAAGUUCCCGUUCCUGAGAGAAAUUCGUUAGUUGAUGCGCGAACAUUCGUAUCUAAGGGAAAAGAAUAGCUAAGGUUAUUAGCAUAGUGGGUAAUAUUAAUACACCAAUUCACGGUGUAAUAGUAAUAAAUAAAUGAUCACAGUGAUAUUAACUGAUCGCGAAGAGUUUGUCUUUAAUUCAAUAGGCAAUUUUCGAAAAAAAAUACAUAGGAGAAACUAAAGUCGACAAGCUUUAGCAGAGUUAAGAGGAAAUCUUUGAAACCAAUUGUUCAACAAGAAUCUAGCUCUAGUGAAUUGCA